UGCGUGCCUGCGAGGUUGUGAAGUCUUUUGGUGUUUCGCUACCCCGUACUUCAGUUCUCACGGGAGGAGACAGUUUAAUUCCCGGUGAUUUUUGACAGGUGGUGUAGAUAUCAACAGGUCACCAUGGUUCUGGAUAUCGAACUUUUUCGUGAAGAGAAGGGGGGAGAUCCGAACAAAAUCCGACAGCUUCAAGAAAAGCGUUUCAAAAGUGUGAAACUGGUUGACGAUGUUGUGGAAAACGAUGCAUUGUGGAGACAAUACCGCCAUCGAGCUGACACCCUUAAUAAAACGAAGAAUCUGUGCAGUAAAGUUAUUGGUGCUAAGAUGAAGAAAGGUGAAGUUAAAAAUCUUAAGAAUCAGUUAAAUGUAGAUCUUUCCACCCUAAUUAUUGAUGAUACAUCUAUUAAUUUAAAAGAACUUGAGUGUAUGCCCAAUCUUGUUAAACUUAAUGUCCAUCUAAUGGACUACAGCUACAUAGGUGGUUUCAUUGCAACUCAAGAAGACACCAAAGCAUACGAGGCUCUCAAGUGUCCACCUCCUAACAGUUUACCUAAUUGUUUACGAUGGUUUAAACACAUUGAUAGCUUUGGAGAUCAAAGAAAAAGUUUCCCUCAGGCCAAAACAGCUGAUGCUCCCUCAACCAUCAGUGCCUCUGGGCUAGAUGUUUUUGCUCUAACUCAAGAACAGCUGGAGCAGUUAUCAGUCUCUGACAUUAAAGAACUUCGUAUUCGCAUAGAUGAGGCUGUGAAAGAGAAUGACGAGAGUAUGUUGCUGGCUGAAAACACCCGUAACAAAGCUCUAAAAGAAAUUGGAAAUCAGCUUCAUUCAUCUGUACCAAUCAGCAAUAAUGAAGAUGAAAAUGCUGUAGAGAGAACAUCUGGUGAUGUGACUAUUCGCAAAAAGUACUCACAUUAUGAUUUGGUUUAUAUGAUUGAUGGUUUAGAAUCUGAAAAAGGUGCUGUUGUUGGUGGUGGUCGUGGAUACUUUCUAAAGGGUCCAUGUGUAUUUAUGCAAUACGCUUUGAUCCAAUGUGCUCUUCAGCGGUGGCAUGCCAAAGGCUAUCAGCCUCUCUUCCCUCCAUACUUCAUGCGUAAGGAGGUUAUGCAGGAAGUUGCCCAACUUUCUCAGUUUGAUGAGGAGCUCUAUAAGGUUGGUGGCAAAAAUGCAGGAGAAGAACUGUCAUCUGAAGAGAAGUACCUCAUAGCUACCUCUGAGCAGCCUAUUGCUGCGUAUCAUCGAGAUGAGUGGAUUCCAGAGAGCGCUCUGCCUAUUAGGUAUGUGGGAAUUUCCACAUGCUUUAGACAAGAAGCUGGAUCACAUGGUAGGGAUACAAGAGGCAUUUUCCGGGUGCAUCAAUUUGAAAAGGUUGAACAAUUUGUGCUCACUUCGCCAUUUGAUAAUGCCUCCUGGGAUAUGAUGGAGGAAAUGAUCACUAUGUCUCAAGAAUUCUAUGAAGAUCUUGGCAUUGCAUACAGAGUUGUGAACAUUGUAUCUGGAGCUUUGAACAAUGCUGCUGCCAAGAAGUUAGACUUGGAAGCUUGGUUCCCUGGAUCUGGAGCUUUCCGUGAGUUGGUUUCAUGCAGUAAUUGCUUGGACUAUCAGUCCCGUCGCUUGCAGAUCCGAUAUGGACAGACUAAGAAAAUGAAUGCUCAGACUAACUAUGUGCAUAUGUUGAAUGCAACUGCAUGUGCUGUCACACGAGUGAUAUGUGCUAUUAUGGAGACAUAUCAAACUGAAACUGGAAUUACAAUUCCUCAAGUACUGCGUCCAUUCAUGCCAGAACAAUACCGUGAAUUUAUUCCUUUUGUCAAGACUGCACCUAUUGAUGAAGAGGAGUCUAAGAAACAAAAGAAGCAGAAGGAAGGGAUGAAGAAAUAAAUUGUACCCUCACUAAUGGUGAAUUUCUAUUUAUAAACAUUUAAUUAAAAUCAAAUCAGACAA